AAAAGACAGACGAGCCAAAAAUCGCCGGCUCAAAUUUGAGAAUAUUACGCGUUACUAACGUUACAAAUACUGGCAUAGAACAUAGCAAAGCGAAUCAAAACAAGAUUAAAUCUGGUUCUCUCGAGCAAUAUCCAAAUGUCAAGGCAAUAUCGCACAAAGUUCACGAGUUGAAUGUAAAUAAUGAAGUGCGACCCAAUGAGCAUGUGAAGUUAAACAAUAGAAGGACUUAUUCACUGGAGAAAGUAUCUCAAUCGCUCGAUGAUAUUAUGGCGUCUGCAAAGGCUCUAUUAGCUGCUCUGUCAUCGGUAAAUGAAUCAAAACAUUUUGGUGUUGAUAAAAAAACAUCGGAAAAUACUUGUGGAAGCGUUUUAAUAAAAUGCGGACCUUACGAUCAAGAUGAUGAUGUAGCAGAUUUAACAAACGUUUCGGCAAUCAAAGAUGAACACCUUUCAACCCACCCAGGAAACAAAGCUGACGUUGAUGAUAGAAAUUUGAAACGAAAAACUUAUGAUUUAGAAAGCAUAUCAACAAAAAUGGAUGACGACUACGAUAACGACUGUUCUGUUGAGCAAAUAUUGUUGAAUUUAAGCAUGGAAAAUGACUCGACUUUGAACGAGGGAAAUAAAAGACUGACAUAUGAUAUGAAUACUGUCUCUAUUGCAUUAGAUUCAAGUCGAAAGAACUCUAUUCUCGAAAACUCAUCAGCAACCUUAAAUGACGAAUCGAAAGAAGUUAAUGAGAAAAUAAAGCGCCAUACCUAUGAUUUGACUGACAUUAACAGCUCAACAGAUAAAAACAUCUGUGUUUAUGAUGUUAGUUUGGAAUCAAAACGGGGCACUUACGAUUUGACUCAUGUUUCUGAUUUGAUCGAUAAACAAUGCUCUUCGGGAAAGUUGGUGAACGAAUGCUCUGAGAUAUUUUCGCGGAGCAAUAAACGUAAAACUUAUGACAUUUUGGAGUCUAACUUUAUCUUGCCAGAUGGCUCACUGUUGGUGAAUAACAAUGAUAAUUUUAAUGACAAAGAGAAAUUACCUAUGGCUGCUGAAAAAAAAAUUGUUAUUGCAGCUAAGGAUCCUAUUACAAACAGUUCACUCUGUCAUAAUGCCAAUUUGCUUGACAAUCAUAUUGAUGAGGUGUUUAAACAAAACAGAUCUCAGAGUCAUGUUACUGAGGUCAUUUGUUCAAAGCACAAAAAAUCUCAUGAUCUUUACAUGAAUCCUGAUAGUGAUGAUGACCAUCAACAGAAAAACAUGACUUUAAAAAACAAAGAUUCCAUCUCUCCAAUGCAUUCUGCAUGGCCCACUGAAUCACCUUUGAAGUUGGCAGUAUCCUCUGAACAUUGUAGAGAACCAUCAGCAUCUGAAAUGGCAUUGUCUAAAUUUCAAUCCCAAAGCUUUUUGUCUGCAUCAACAUCUAAGUUUCAAUUGAGAUCUAUGUCUGACUCUAAAGUUCAGACACAGUUCACCUCAAGCUCAAGUCCAGAUUUAUUUGUGACCACUCCCCACUCCGAUGAGAUUUCCAGAACAGGUAGCCUUAAUGAUAUUUCACCAGGCAUUCGAAACUAUCUCACCAAUAGACUUGGUCUAUCAGUGGAACAAUGCAUUGCUGUCAGUAAGAAACUAAACAAUGACUUGCAGUCCACAUCAAACCAAUCCAAAUCAUCCAAUCGCAAAACAUAUAGUUUGGAUGAUGUUGCACAAUCUCUUGACAUUGCAACAAGUCAAGGGCUAUCCAUGACAGAAGUUUUGGGUAAUCUGGACAAUGACUCAAGUGGUGCCAUUAAUGACUCAAGUGGUGCCAUUAAUGACAUGGAGAAAUUAAAUGAAACAUUAAAUGUAAAGAAGUUUGAUGAGAAGAUAUUAAAGUCUGUAGCUUCUAGUGCUAGUACUUCUGAAAAACUUGCAUUUGACGCUGAUGGUUUUGUUCAAAGUAAAUGUGUCAACUCGCAUUUUGUUGAGAAACCAUUUAAACUUGUGAAGAAGAAGCCUGUUUAUAAGCCAUCUGCAAAACUGCAAAGUUUUACGCAUCUGCUUGGUGGGAAAGGCGUUGAUGGAACACAAAACAUGAGAUGUGGUAAAUUAGACGCAUCUAAAAGGAACACAUACACUUUAGAUAGUGUUGCUGAAUGUUUGGAGAAAGCACAAGAAGAAGGUGUUCCCAUGAUGGAUGCUCUUAAGCGAUUAUCAGGUUCCUGUAAAGAUGACUCAUCUCAUCGAACCGAUGAGAAACGAAGGACAUACAAUCUCCAAGACGUCUCAAACACUCUUGAAACUGCUUCAGAUGAAGGUGUUCCCAUUUCGGUAACACUGCGGAAAAUUGCUAACAAAUCGAAGGUUGAUGAUCGUGAAGAGCGAUUCACUGAUUCAGGAAGUAAAAAAGAAAAUUUGUCAAAUGUCAGAAAGCCUAAAGCAAAGAAGAAAGCACCACCGAAACCGAAGAGAACUUUCGCUUGCAAGACAAAGUCAGAAACUAAUUUCGUUUCUGAUUCUUUUGUAAUUGAAUACUAUACUUCGCCAAACAAAGAAAAUGGGUCAUCCACCGAAGCCGAUGUUUUAGAGAAUGUGGUGAAUUUUGAAGUUCCUAAUGAUGAGCAAACUCGGCAAACGUCCUUGGAAAAUUCUUGUGCUCCACCUGGAGGUGUGCUUGGUUCUUCAAUGCAAAAUUGUUACGUGAAUUUAGAGAAUGUUGGUAAAGAUGAUGUGUGUAUUUCACAGACAGGACAGAUUAUGGUAGAUGAAAUGCAUUUAACAUCUUUUAAUAAAACAUUUAAAACAUCCACGAAAGAUGAAUGUACACCGAGGAAAGUCGUCUAUGAUUUAGAUAGUUUGCUGUCAAAGUUGGCUGCUGAAGUUCACAAACCGACAAUUAUUGGAAGCAAAAGUACGACUGAAGACAAACUUGAAAGCAAUGAUGUUGACCACGAAAGACUUGAUGGUACGUUGAACAUGGAAAUAGAGCUGCCUUGCACUAAAACUGAUUAUUUAACCACAAAAGGGGAAUUCUUUGCAAAGAGUAGUGAUUUUUUCAACAUGAAAUGGGACACUGCAAUGGAGAAAAAUACGCUAUUCACGAAAAGUGAUAGUAGAUCGCAAAAUGAGUCGUCAAAAACGAAAGCUGAAGAUGAAGGAUAUUGUUCACUGUCCCGUAAUCCUGGAUCGUAUUUAGAGGGGAUUGCGUUGGAUAAUAAAGAUAAAGUAAUGGCAGAAGAAAAGUCGAUAAAUCAAGAACUUAUUGAAAUUGUCAGAGAGGUUAACGAAGAUGGAAGGGAGAGUCAGGAAGUUACAAUUGUGAUGACAGCAGAAGAUGAUGAACAUAUCACAUGCAACGAAGUUCGUGAGAAAAAGGAAUUUCAGCGAGACGCUGUACAAAAAACUGAUGCAGUGUCACGUGAGUUGAACUUACUUCGCUUGCGAUUGGCUGAGAAGCAACGCGAUAUUGUGGCUCAGAAACAGCGGACGAUGGAGCAACUAGAGGAGGAGAGAAAAAAAGUUGGUCAGAAUGUCUUCUGGCUCGCUGUUGGGAAGAAUAGGGAGAGAACGAAAGAUGGAAACGAGAAAAGCUUAUCAAGUAAGCAAAGUUCGUCAAAGUUACUAUCAGUUAACGAUGAGUUGCCUCCAUCAAUGGAUAAACUACAGGACAGGUCGUAUGAAUUUAAAAUUGAAAGUUCAAAACAAAUGAAGAGUCAAACCGACGAGAGAAAAGCAUUAUCAAAUACAUAUAAUAAUAAUUUAUUGAAUGAUGGUGAAACCUUGUGGAAUCAACAAAAACUACAUGGUACAUUUGAUUCUAGUAGUGAUAAGCAAGCAAUUUCUCCUCCACGCAAAUGCUGGCAUGCCAAAACUGCUGGUAUUGAUGAGCCUUAUCUCACGAUUGUGCAACCAGACUUUCAUGUUGAAAAGGAGAAUACGAGCAAUUUCAACUUGGCAGAUCCUCAAAAUUCUGAUGUUUUGAGGGAAAUUGAGAGUAUAAAUGAUUCUAACGACAAGGCUAAAGCAAGUCAAGAGAUUAUACCUUCCCCACAAAGUGAUACAGGAGAUUUAGCUUCAAGUCCGGAUUUAGAAAACGAGAACGUUUUAUUGUCGUCUGGUGAAUGUGAUUCAGAUCAAUUAAAGAAAGGAAUGACUUUGUUUAUUGGAGAGGAAAACACGAUUAGCAGUAGUAAUGGAUUUACUCCUGAACAGCUUAGAAAAAAAGAAAAAUUUCUACGAAACAGGCAACUGAAAAUGGAGGAAGACAAACUGCGAAGGGAAGCAUUAUUGGAAAAGAAGCGAAGAAAAGAGGAAAAGAUGAAGGAGAUUCAGGAGCGACGCGAACUCGAGGAACAAAGUCGUCAAGCUAAACUGCAGGAGAAGAGAGAACAAGCUGAACACGCAAAACAUGAGAGACAAAAAUAUGAGAUGAGACGAAAGGAAAAUCUGACAAAUGUACAUAGAACUGCAGGUGGUAAUAAGGGUUACACGAGGAAGGUUCAGGGAAUUGAUCAAUUAGUGAGUGGAUAUAACCAAAAUGAAAUGGAUACACCUGGGUAUAACGGUGGUUAUAGUCAAUAUUAUAAGCCAAUGAUAAGGACAACUAGUGUUGAAAGUGGAAUAAAUAAACAAGAGCUCUCAACCUCAAGUACAUCUUCUGCGUUUUCGGGUUUUACAGGCGUUCAGUCGUACGUGAAACCAAGUGGAAAAACAAAUCGUAAAUUGAUUAUCAACGCUAUAUCUCAUGUCUGUCUUCCUGGAACGGUGAACAAAGAUACAAAAGAGAAAUGUUUACAGGCAAUGACAGAGUCAAGCGCACAGCAUUUUUUGAUAUUGUUCAAAGAUGGUUUAAAGUUUCGUUCCCUCUUCUCACUCGACGUUGAAAGUGGUCAGGUUCUGAAAGUUUAUGGCAUCGGACCGCGUUCUGUCAGUGAGAAAAUGAUCGAAUAUUUGUAUAAAUACAACAGUGGUUGUAAAGAGUUCUCUAAGAUUCCAGCGAAAACAUUCUCGUUGUCAGUCGAUGGUUUUACCAUUCAGAAAAGCUUUUGGCAAACUAGUAAACCGUCUGUGGCGUCAAAAACUGCAUCCAACUUUAAACAGUCCAGUUAUAAAUCAACCAGCAUUUUGCGAUGAACAGUGAACGCCGUUUCGCGCAUUGAAGUCAGUAGAUCAAUAUGGCGGUAAACUGCGACCAAACUCAAUAAAUUUGUCGUCGUUUGUGCUCGUUAACCUCAGCAAAUAUAGGAAUGGAUAUAAGACAAUUCUUUAGUGUUAAAACAAAUAAUGAUUCAGACAAGUCUCACGCGGGAACUUUAAAAAAGCCCAAUGGCGAGCAUGGAGAUGGCAAGUCUCGCUCAAAAAAACUAUCGAAAAGUGGUACUAAGCGAAAAAUAUCUGAGUCCACAGAUUCAGAAGAGAAUCUCUCAAAAAAGAGCAAU